UUUCUUGCCAGACGAUUGCCAUUUCAAAGUGACGUUGCAUUGCGAGGUUGAAGUUGAUCUUUCUUUAAUACUAGCCAAUCCCAGCUUGUUCCCCUACUACUGGCUGACUGUAAGACAGGCGGCAUGACGAUAAUACCGAUCAUCAUUGUGCUGGCUUUAGCACUGAGCGGCACUACGGCCAAGACGGAUGUCAAGUGCUGGAAUCCCGAGGACUGGAGCAUCACAGCCGGACCUUGCAUUGGCACAUCUUCACAUAAUUCCGUACCUCAAGUUUCCAUCUAUGAAGAUGUCGGCAACGGCGGUGUUCUUGUUGUCAGUGGGACGACAAUCUACCACCUUGACCGCAACCUCAAUGUCAUGGGCGAGCACAAUGUUACUGGAACCACAAAGCAUCGAUAUGUUAAUGUCCUGAAACUGGACCACAUCAGCUCUACGGCUACCAACACUAUAGUCAAGUAUUGUAGUUGUGAACUUACCUUUAACAUGGCGAUACCAUGUGUUUCUUUGAACGUGGACGAUGGGGGCAUUGACAACGCUGGGCACGCGAGUUUGGAUGUGGCGACCAAAGAAAGCGUGUGCUGGAAUGGUACCAAGCAUCUGGUUGGUGGAGGUGCGAAUUGA